CUUCGGCGGCGACCAAGGGCGACCGGGAACGGGAGCGGCCGGGAUGGCGCGUCCGCGGCCCCGCGAGUACAAGGCGGGCGACCUGGUCUUCGCCAAGAUGAAGGGCUACCCGCACUGGCCGGCCCGGAUUGAUGAACUCCCAGAAGGAGCUGUGAAACCUCCAGCAAAUAAGUAUCCUAUCUUCUUUUUUGGCACCCAUGAAACUGCAUUUCUAGGUCCCAAGGACCUUUUUCCAUAUAAGGAAUACAAAGACAAGUUUGGAAAGUCAAACAAACGGAAAGGAUUUAAUGAAGGAUUAUGGGAAAUAGAAAAUAACCCAGGAGUAAAGUUUACUGGAUACCAGGCAAUUCAGCAACAGAGCUCUUCAGAAACUGAGGGAGAAGGCGGAAAUACUGCAGAUGCAAGCAGUGAAGAAGAAGGUGACAGAGUAGAAGAAGAUGGAAAAGGCAAAAGAAAGAAUGAAAAAGCAGGCUCAAAACGGAAAAAAUCAUAUACUUCAAAGAAAUCCUCUAAACAGUCCCGGAAAUCUCCAGGGGAUGAAGAUGACAAGGACUGCAAAGAAGAAGAAAACAAAAGCAGCUCUGAGGGUGGAGAUGCCGGCAAUGACACAAGAAACACAACUUCAGACUUGCAGAAAACCAGCGAAGGGACUUAACUGCCAUAGAGAAUGCUGCAUAUUAAGAGAAACCACAAGAAGGUUACACGUCUGGUUGUCCAGUAUUCUUGGAUUUGAUAUGAACCAACACUUAGGCAUUGCUGUCAUUGACAGACCCCCGUUUGUAUGUACAUUAUUCACAUUCCUCUCUGUUGUGUUUGGAAAAAAACCAGACAUUUUAGCCUUUUUUAAGGUUAUUGAUUUAAUUUUAUUUGGUUGCAUGAAGUUGCCCUUAACCACUAAGGAUGAGGAAGAUUUUUGCACAGACUUAUACAUG